AUGGCGGCUUCCAGCUCCUCGUAUUUGGCUUCAAAGAGCUUGGCUUGGGCUAGUGGCUCCCUCGCCGCAGCCGCUCGCACCAGACCCGCUUUGCGUCCCAACAGCCAGGUCGAUGUUCUCCAGAUCUUCGCUCCCGGUCUGAGACCUCCCGCCUCUGCGGCCUUCUCCACCGCCGUCACCAAGCACUACCACCAAAGACGAAAGGUUGGGGAGACGCAAGCGCUCGUCCAACGCCGCUUCGUUCGCCACCAGUCCACGGAGACCAAUCAGCGCUCCACUUCUUCGUCAUCUGACAACCACACCUACCCUCCUCCCGGCACAUCAUCCAAAGAUGGCAGGUCAGCCACCUCCCCAGCUUACCAGGGACAGUCCGCAGGGGCUCCUCCUAAGGCUCCUGUCAUUAUCAGCCCGCUUCCUGCCUCGAGCAACACAGCAGCCGAGCUCGGCUCGCCUGCCAAUCAGACAUCUGCUUCUCAGACCAUGCUCGCAGAGCAAAAGGCCAAGGAGAAGGAGCUCGAAGCGCAAAAGCCAAAGGUCCCCCUCUCUACACGCGUCUGGGCCAAGGUCAAGGAAGAGGCGCUUCACUACUGGCACGGCUCCAAGCUUCUCGCCAAGGAAGUCAAAAUCUCAUGGCGUCUACUGCGAAGACUUAUGCUGGGAUACAGCCUGACUCGAAGAGAGAAGCGCCAGCUCAAGCGCACCUUUGCGGACUUGCUCCGUCUCAUUCCUUUUGUGCCCUUCAUCAUCAUCCCUGCCGGUGAGCUCUUGCUGCCUGUGGCUAUCAAGAUCUUCCCCAACAUGCUUCCCAGCACCUUCGAGAGCAAGUUCUCCGUCGAAGAGAAGCGCAGAGGUCUCAUCAAGGUGCGUCUCGAGAUGGCCAAAUUCUUGCAAGAGACCAUCAAGGAGGGCGGUCUUCAGGCGACCGACAAGGUCAAGACCUCGGAAGAGUUCAAGGAGUUCUUCCGUAAAGUGCGUUCCACUGGCGAGUCGCCCAGCAACGAAGACAUCAUCAAGGUGGCCCAGCUCUUCGAGGACGACCUCACGCUCGACAACCUCACCCGUCCUCAGCUGGUCAGCGUUUGCCGCUACAUGCAGAUCAACGCCUUCGGUACCGACAACUACCUCCGCUACCAGAUCCGACACAAGCUCAACCGCAUCCGCCAGGACGAUAUCGUCAUUGGUCAUGAAGGCGUCGACAACAUGUCGCAGUCCGAGCUCGUCAGCGCCUGCCAGAACCGAGGCAUCCAGACCACCAACCUUUCCGAGGAUCGCUUGCGCCAGGAGCUGCAACAGUGGAUCGACCUGCACGUCCGCAACAGGAUCAGCGGUACCCUUUUGGUGCUCAGCAAGGCCUUCAACUACGUGGCCGCCGGCAACAACGACGUCAACGCUCAAUCGCACCUGCGCAGCCUCGAAUUGACGCUCAGCAGCCUGCCCGACAACCUCGUCAACGAGGCCGAGCUCAGCGUCAACAGCGAAGGCGCCACCAACAAGCAGCGUCUCGAAGUGCUCCAACAGCAGGAAGAGCUCAUCGAGGACGAAGCAGAGCAGGAGCAGGAAGAGGCUGCUGCACGUGAAGCGGACAAGGAGAAGCGCAACGCCGAGAAGGCGAGACUCGCCCGCGAGGAGGAGGAGGCUCGAUCGCUGCUGCCCAAGAAGGAGACCGAUCCCGCCGUCGAGGAUGCUCGCAUGACCAACGAGCAGCUCACCGAGCUCGGCGAGGCGCUCAGCAUUCUCAGCGCCAAGUCGUCCGUGCUCAAGGAGCGUGAGGAGCUCAGGCAGCUCAUAAAGGAGGUCAGCAGCUCCGAGGCUCCCAAGACGGAGGAAGGCACCGCCGCUGCCGCCCCUUCGCCGUCCACCGACAAGAAGCCUUCGGAGCCCGAGGCCGAGAAGUCCGAAGCGAGCACGUCUUCGUCCAGCUCCUCCUCCACACGCAGUAUGACCAAGCGCAUCAAGUCGAUGCUCCAAAAGAUCGACACGCAGCUCGAAGAGUACGACCGCGACGUCGGCUCCCGCAUGAACCUCAUCGAAACUUCACAGACGGGCAAGAUCUCGGUCGACGACCUCGAGCAAGCGCUGCGUCUCAUCAAGCACAAGCCGGAGGACGAGGUCAUCGAGAAGAUUGUUGAUAAGCUUGAUGUGGAUCACGAUGGUCUGGUGCCGCUUGACGAUGUGCUCGAGCUUGCGCAGGCAGAGACGGGCUUGGGCAUUUUGCGGGAUGAGGGUGUCAAGGAGAUCCAUGCGCAGGGCAAGGAGAUCCGCAGCAAGGAUGGUCUCAAGCCGAAGAAGAGCGACAUCGUGGAGGAUUGA